GCUAUCGUAAAGUUAAGCAGUUAUGUGCGUUACCACGGUAACGCCGCCUUACAAGAUCUACCCAUUGCUACGAUGUUACCUUUUAAUAUUCUUUUUUUUUACGAGUAAUGCAUCGACAGUGUGUAAUUUUGACGGGCUCGUCCGGCGCAGCUUUCUCGGCUAGCGUCGGCUAACAUGAUUGUGCGCUUUGUUUAUUUCAGUUGGGACGUGUACACGAAUGUUUUUUUUUUUUUUCUUUUAUCUCGGAGUAGUCCAUCUUGUCAAAGGAGGUCUUAUGAGUAAGGCGAGUGGUGUGUUUGAAUGACAGCUGCUCGCCGGCUGCCAAAAUUGAACCCGAGUGUCGCUGUUUCCAUUUAUGGGCUGGCAAAAGGGGCGACGCGGUUGGCCAAAGAGCUGUCCGACUUGCAGAGAGACCCCCCCGCUCAGUGCUCUGCAGGACCAGUUGGAGAUGAUUUGUUUCAUUGGCAGGCGACGAUAAUGGGCCCAAGUGACAGCCCCUACCAGAAUGGAGUCUUUUUCCUAACCAUCCACUUUCCCACAGAUUAUCCAUUCAAACCACCAAAAGUUGCGUUUACAACCAAAAUUUACCACCCUAAUAUUAACAGCAACGGAAGUAUUUGUCUGGAUAUACUGAGAUCACAAUGGUCACCUGCGCUCACAGUAUCUAAAGUGUUGUUAUCAAUCUGCUCUCUUCUUUGUGACCCAAACCCUGACGACCCUUUGGUGCCAGAGAUCGCUCAUACGUACAAGGCCGACAGGGAAAAGUACAACAAAUUAGCAAGAGAAUGGACCCAGAAGUAUGCAAUGUGAGGUUGCCAGGGAGACGGAAAUCCAAAAGGAGAACAAAAACAUGCUUGAUAUGUAACUGGAGGCCUAAAAAAAAAACUGCAACAAUACAACAGACAACCUUCUGGACAAGGUGGCAAUGUAAUGAUGUGCUGAGUCGAUCCAACACGCCGUCCCUUUAUGCAUGUAUGGAUCUCAGCAGGACCUAAAAGGGCUCCUGGAAACGCUCCCUGACUGAAAACCAGACAAUAGUCCCAGCCCAAUGCCACACACAAGACUUGAAACUGUUACUCUUUCUAUUGUUCUUGCUGCCAUCUUUGUUGCUUUACCUUUCAUCCGCGUGUUGUUUUACCGGCUGGAUUUUUGAAAAGGAUCGCCUUGAUUUUGGGGGGUGCUGUCUUUGUCCCACCGGAUGUCCUCUUCGAGUACUGUACUUCUGUGGAUUCAGUGGCCUUUCUGUGUUCUGAUGUUUUGGUCGACGUGCAAUUGAGACGGAAUGUUCCCGGUUCGAUACAAUGAUGGUGCGGUGCCAUUACCAGCAGCUGAUCACGUGGCACAUACUAACACUACUCGGAAAACAAUGUGAAAAUGUCACACAAAACGGACUGAUCAGAUAUCUUCCUUUGCUUUUGGAAUCGCUGCAUGUAGCGUUCACGGCACUGGCGCAGGGGUGCCCAAUAUUUCGUUCUCCGAGACAGUUAUGAUCGUUCGCGACUGCGUGCUCCCCCCAAAACUCAUAAAAAAAAAAAAAAGACAUUUGCCUAUUAUCCAGCAUGUCGCUUGAUUCAGGUCUGGCCAAUACAUCGAUCUCGCGGAUACAGUAAAGAAAAUAAGUAUUUGAACACCCUGCUGUAUUGCAAGUUCUCCCACUUAGUAAUAAUAGAGCGGUCUGAAAUUUUCAUUGUAGGUGCAUGUCCACUUAGACAGAAAUAAUCACACAAUGUGUGAUUUUUUUUUUUUUUUUCUCAAUUUGUUUGAUACAGCUGCAAAUAAGUAUGUGAACACCUGUCUAUCAGCUAGA